UUUUCCAAAUGAUAACAUUCGACUCAAAUAUUUGAGGUCUAAAGUAAUUUCAAAACCAGAUUUACUUACAGAAGCAGAGCUUUUCCGAACAGUUAUUUCUACUCCUGAACUUCGUACGAUUAAUACAACAAACACAGUAAAAGCAGCAAUGAGAAAAAUUAUCAAUGCACCAAUUCUCAAGUGGAAUGACUUUUUUGUUAAUGCCUAUAAUUUUUCAUUAACUCUUGAUACAAGCAACCGCAGAUUUAGAAACCCUGAAAUUAAGGAAAUUGAAUUAUCUGUUGAAGAUUCGGUUGUUGACAUAUUCUUGAAAACAGUGAAUGAAAUUAAUAAUCAAAGGUUAAUUCUCUUACCAAAACCGGAACGUUGGUGCAAACCUUAUGUAUUUGAAGGUAUUAAAGGUCGACUGGAUGCUGUACGCUGUAGUGCAGAUAAUAAAGAGCUUUUAAUAGCUCCUUCUAAGAUACUUUCAAUAGUAGUAGUUAAACCCGAACAAUUGAUGCAAAAUUUAAUAGAUCAUGGAACUGAAUUAUUUGAGGCAUACAAUACAGCAUUGACAACGAAUUAUAAUGAAGCAAGACAUGAAAAAAAUCAUUGGAAUUAUUAG